AUGGGAAAAGGUGGAUUUGGUGAAAGGCGCGGUGGUCGCGGAGGUGGUCGUGGAGGUAAUAUUUUUUCUGAACUUUCAUCAUGGGCGAUCGGUCGAAAUAUAGGUCGUAGUGGUGGAUUCCAACAAGGUCCCCCUUCAGAAGUCGUAGCUGUUGGUAGCUUCAUAAGCGCCUGUGAAGGUGAAAUGGUCUGCAAGUUGGAUAAUCCCAAAGUGCCCUUUUUCAACGCUCCUAUCUACUUGAAAGACAAAACUAUGAUUGGCAAACUUGAUGAGAUUUUGGGGUCUCUCACUGAUUCUUAUUUCACUGUCAAAAUGCAAGAUGGCAAUACAGCAAAUCAAUUUAAAAAAGAUGAUAAGGUGUAUAUUUCAACCGAUAAACUUUUGCCUAUGGAAAGAUUUUUACCAAAACCUAAAGUAGUUGGCAAAGUCUCCAAACCCACCGGUUUGCAAGGAUUGGUUGAAAAGAAACAAAAGUCCUUCGAUGCUGGUUUUGGCGGUAGAGGUGGUGCCCGUGGUGGCCGCGGAGGAAGCCGUGGUGGAGGAAGAGGCGGUAGCAGAGGUGGCUUCCGUGGAGCUACCGGUGGUAGAGGAGGACGUGGUGGUGGAAGAGAUGGAUUCAAUAAUGGCGGUGGAAGAGGUGGAUUCAAUAAUGGCGGUGGACGAGGUGGAUUCAAUAAUGGCGGUGGAAGAGGUGGAUUUAAUAAUGGCGGUGGAAGAGGUGGAUUUAAUAAUGGUGGAUUCAAUAACAACAGAUCCAGCUCACAACAUACCACUUUUUAA